AUGCCAGUAUUUCAUGGAGAAACAGAGCAAGAUGGGCCAAUUAAAGAGAACGAGGCUGUAGUAGAACACAAUAAAGAAAACAAAAGACAAGUAAAUCGACACAUUAAAAAGACAGAUGGGAAAAGAGUCUCACAUUUAGAGAUCCAGAAAAGAAUUCGGGAGCUUUUGGAGUCUUGUGUCUAUGACGGGGACCUGAAUACCUGGGAGCUGUCAGAAGGCGUGUCCGACCGUCCGCCCAAGGAACAGGCUGCUGAUCUUUUUAAUGAGGACUGGGACUUGGAGUUGAAGGCAGAUCAAGGGAAUCCGUAUGAUGCUGAUGACAUCCAGGGUUGCAUUUCUCAAGAGGUCAAACCUUGGGUCUGCUGUGCCCCGCAAGGGGACAUGGUCUAUGACCCCAGUUGGCACCAUCCACCUCCGCUGAUACCCCAUUAUUCCAAGAUGGUCUUCAAAACGGGACAGUUUGAUGAUGCUGAAGAUUGA